UUUAAACUAGGAUUUAAAAGAAAAGUUGCAUACGCCUGCCGUACUGCACCUCAGCUGAACUCUUAUAUAUGGAAAGAAUUUAAAAGUUAUUUGAAGUUGCAGUUCAGAAAUUGCAGUGGGAAGUGCAAUGCUGGCAAGAGCUAUCGGUUUCCAUGUGGACCUGGAAUGUUUGCAAUGCACCUUGGGAAGGGCUGUCAGUUGGGUGCUUGACUCCCUUGUUUUCUAUUCAGAAGCAGGUCACUAGAUUCAGGAAAAGAGAGACUGAGUGAUUACUAGAGACUGAGUGAUUACCCAAACACGGAAAAGGAAAUAUAAGACAAACAACAGCAGCCGGUCCUUCUUUUCAUCUCCCAUCUGCUCUUGGCCGAUUCCAAAACCUUCUCUGCAAUUCCUGGAUCGCCACAACAGUUCCUAAGUCAACCAAACUCCUUCCUUUGGCUUCCCAUGUUUCUCUGACUGGUGUACCGAAGUACCAGUUUAUAUAGGAUUCCUUCCUCCUAAGAUCAGAUGAAAAUUGCUGGCAAUCUCAGCUUCCUGCUGCCAGUCCUCAUGUCGCAUCCUGGCAAUUCCAGCCAGCGCUCCACAAGUUUCUCCCCUCUGUUCUCUUCCUCUUCACCUGCCCCAGCGGGAUCCCAGUUCAAAGAAAAAUCUGCUGCCAGAUCCCUGGUGGAGACUGACAAGGCAUUCCUGGACUACUUGGCUGAUAUAAACACAAGUGUCCUCCAGCAUCUCCUGCAUCAUAAUACAGUUGAUCAGAAAUGGCACAGCCAGAAGACGCAGCUCCUGAAGUUGAAUGAGAAAUUCCACGCGCUUUGGGACCAGACGGGAGAGACGUGUAAAACAUUAAAGCAGUUUAUACAACAAGACAAGCCUGUCAGUCUCCAGGACAUUUACAUCAUCAGCAACAAAACAAGAGUCCUGGAAGUCUACAUACAAUACUUCUCGUCUUUUACAAACUUUGUGGUGGUCGGAGGGUUUGACUAUCUCGCCAAAAACACAUGCAGUUAUUUUAAGAAGAAUAAAGUGAACCUAAAUACAUUUCUCACCAAUUCACAAAAAGCAGAAAACUCAGUCAGUUUGUACAGGAUCCUCCAUGAGCGAAUCAGAGAGCAGGUGAACCAAUACACCCUCAUCCUCACACGAUUGCACGAGACAACGUAUAAGAAUGCAGGCAGUGAAGGCAUCAGCGAUGCUCUCAAGGGAUUUGUUGACCUACAGAAGUAUAUCAGCCAGGUUCUGGAUGAGGCCUCCGUCACUAAGGCCCUGUGGAAAUCACUGGAACGCAAAGUAACGGAUAUUUUGCGCACCCCUGAGCGCAGGAUAAGAGAAGAAAGCAGAAACAUUCCCAUCUCAGUCUCUCCAGGAAGAUCCAGUCAUGACAGAAUAUUGCUCUUCGAUGAUGUUUUGGUAUUGCAUCGGGGAUCUGAUGUUCACUGUUAUGAUCUCACUACUCUUUGGAUUGAGUUUACAACAGAAGAGAACUCCAACAGGAUCCUGAAGGUGACCUCUCCAGAAGAAUCGUUCACACUAAGCGCUAAGGAGCCCCAGCAUGAGGCUGUGUGGCAGUGGAAGUUGAAUCAAGCCAUUCGCCAGUGCUUGGCUGGGAAGAGGGACUUUCCCUUGUGGGGUAAAGGAGUCGAUGGGCACAGUCCCAGCAGCACCCCCACCUCUCGCUUUUCUGCAUACACAUUUAAAAACGAAGGAAGGUUAAGAAAUGCGGUUUAUGAAGGCCACUGGAAUAAGGGGGUGCCACAUGGCAAAGGUACAUUAAGAUGGGAUGAUGAACGGAACUACACUGGGGACUUCCGAGAUGGUAAAGAGCAUGGGUUUGGAGUCUGUGUCAUUCCUCAGAAAGAGACAGAAGGGUAUGACUGCUACAAAUGUCACUGGAAAGAUGGAAGAAUGCACGGAUAUGGAAUCUGUGAGUACAACAAUAACACAGUGUACAGAGGUUAUUUCAAAGACAAUGUGCGCCAUGGCUUUGGGAUUUUGGAAGGCUCCAGAACUGACAGCAAUCCAUUAAGAUAUAUUGGCCAAUGGGAAAAUGACAAGAAAACUGGAUAUGGAGUCUGGGAAAGCAUUAACAGUGGGGAGAGCUAUCGUGGAAUGUGGCUGGAAGACCAAAGACAUGGACAUGGAAUUGUGGUCACUCAGUCCGGCUUGUGCUACGAGGGAAUCUUCAUCUCUGACAAACUGACAGGCAAAGGGAUUUUGCUUUCUGAAGACAAUUCUCUUUAUGAAGGGGAGUUUACCGAAGACUUGAUGCUCAAAGGAAAGGGGAAGUUGACAUUUCCAAAUGGUUUCACACUUGAGGGGGUUUUCAGCAGCAAAUUUGGAAAUGGCUUACAGGCAACUGGCAUUUUGAAAACACCUGGCAAUGAAGAGAAAGCAGAAUCAGCUGCUCAACUACAGAUGGGAUUGCAUGGGCUGCCUGUCGAGAAGAGAUGGACAGGCAUCUUUGAACCAUUUGUGGAGUACCUUCAAGCCGGCUUUACCGAAGAAUCAGAUGAGUCCUUCCUCGGUUUCCACAUAGAGACUGGCAGGACUAUGAGAAAGACUUCCAACAACAAUAAUGGUGCAGGGAUAAUAGCAGAAACCCAUACUGAAGAAAGUACGGAAUAUCUGUUCUGUAACAGGAAAUCUGAGGAAUUCUCUGCAAAUAAUGACUUCAUAGAAAACCUAAAAAAGAAGUCUGAUUAUGUACUGCUACAACAGUAUUUGGAAAAGUCCUUCCAGUGUGCCAAGCACCCCUUGGGAAAGAUUCUGCAAACUCAGGCCUUGGUGUUCCAGGCCACCUACUCUGGGAUGGGUGCCAAUAAGCAUCUACUGACCAUGGCCCAGGAUGAAGUCAAAUACCUUGCAAAAAAACUAUUGGAGAUCAUCAGGGAUUACCUCCCUGAGUCAUUCAACAAGGAGUCUGAAGACAAAGAGACAAGGAAUGAAAUGAACUGUUACACUCUGGUGCUGCCGCUGAUCUUGCCCAAGUUCUACCCCGAGCUCUCCAUGCUCUAUAUGCUGUACCAUGAGAAGGGCGAUGCCCUCUACUGGCAGGGCAUUGUGCACCUCGGCUUGCUGUCGGACGCUAAACUGCUGGAUUUUCUCGAUGUACAGAAGCAUUUAUGGCCGCUAAAGGACCUUCAGUUGACUGCAAACCAGAGAUAUUCCUUUGUGAACAAUCAGUGCUUCCAUUCAGCAAUCGAGUGCUUCCAGAAAGUAAGCACUACAGCAGACCCUCUGGAAAAAAUGCACACUCUGUUCAGGACGUUUGAAGAGAUUGAGAAGACUGUGUCCUGGGUUCUGGACAGGGAGUACAAACUGCCCAUGGAUGACCUGCUGCCUCUGCUCAUUUAUGUGGUGUCCAGAGCAAGGUAUAUCUGUGCAAGAGUCCUUAAUCCUGGGUGGCUCAGUCAAGGGAUUCAGCACUUGGGGGCGGAACUCCAUUUCAUCAGGGACAUGAUGGACCCCUGUGGCAUUGGAGGGAUGUAUGAUUUUCUAUUAACUGCACUGGAGUCAUGUUACCAGCACAUACAGAAAGAGGAUAAGAGACUAGACGAAUUCCCAGACUGAAAGUAAUGGGGGCCGAGCAGGUGCUGAGGAGAUCCUGGGAAGUUAGUCUCCCCACUGCUUAAAUACAGCAGGAAGGCAUUACAAAAUAUAUUCUGGGACCACUGCAAAAAACGCUCCAUUUCUCUGAAGAAUGAAUUGAAAACUGAAGAAAAUGAAAGAGAUUCAAACUGGAUAAAAAAAAAAGUAGCCAUGCAUAGUUUUGCUGAUCUGUUGUAACAGGUAGCGCUGUUUUUAGUGUGAAAAUCCUAUAUGGAUGGUUGGCAAUCUGGCAAUAAUGAUAGCACCUUAAGCAGGUGUUUUACAUACAGUAGAGAAGUACCUGGUGCAGUGUUAUUUCUGUUAGUAUGUUAUCCCCAUUGUGUGGUAUUCGAAGGACCUUUCUUACUGCCAACACAACAGACCAAUCAGAAUGCUCUGUUUUGCAUUUUUUUUAAAAUGGUUCUACCUUUUCAAAAUGUGUUUUCAUGUUCUCUUAUCCAAUUAUUGUACUGGUUAUUUAAAUACAAUUAGUCUUUAUUUAAAAAGUA